AUGGCCGGGGGCGGGGGGGGCGGGCUGCAUUGGACGGCGCUGGGGGUCCUGGCGAUGCUGUGCGCCGCCGGUCCGGCCCGCGGGGCCGACGCCCCAGUCGGCGGGUUGGCCGCCGAAGUGUCCGAGGCCAAGGAUUUGAUGACCGCCUUGUCUCCCCGGGGGCUGCGUGGGGCGGAUCGCGUGGUGAUCAGCCGGGACAUCGACCUGGAGCCGCUGGCCUUCGUGCCAAGGAUUACCGUGGGCCGGAACGCCACGGUCUGCGGGGCGCCGGGGCGGGGCGUGGUGCUGGGCAACCCGGGCGACGCGUUCAGGCUGUUCACGCUCAACGCCACCGUGGCCUGGUGCAACCUGACGUUCGACUUAACGGCCACGCGUCAGCGGCGGGGCAGCCGCCUGGAGACGAUGCUCUUCGACCUGGCCCCGGCGGGUACUGUCGUAUACCGGUCGGCGGCGUUCGAGGUGCCCAACACGCUGUUCACCGCCCUGAGGGCCGACCUGAUGAAACUGGAGCCGGACGAGGGCGUCUGGAGCGGGGAUGGCAGGACAAUCUCGGUGUCAGAGGCGCGGCUGGGCCAGGCCGAGCUGGUGGACGUGACAGUGGUCCGGCGAGACAAUUUCACCGAAGAAUUUCCUGUGGAGCGCGAGAUUCGGAGCCACGGGGACUGGCGCAGGCUCCUGGGGGCGUCUCGGAAGGCCCGCCGGCCCUACGGCGUGACCGUGGCGGGCAACGUGACCCUGUCCACCUGCCUGCUCAGGCAUCGCAAGGACCCCGCCUUGACGAUCAAGAGGCCGCUGACCCUGACCGCGGACCCUGACCGGGAUGGGCCGACUUGGCUGGUGUUCAAGGGGGGGAGGGACGAGCGCGCGGGCUUCUUCGACGUCCAGUCGCAGAUCCGCCUAGUGGGGGUGAGCUACCAGGAUUUGGGCGUCGACCUGCGCGUGCUGCCAGAGGGGUCCCCUGGGCCCGGCUGCAGCCCAUCGAGCUGCCUGCUGAACAUCGGGGACGCCACGCGGGCCGUGGCGGCCGCCAACAACCACAGCGCCUUCCGCCACGACUGGCAGACGCCGGGCUGCCGGCUGGUGGUGGUGGGAGGCGCAAUGGUGCACUCCUGUGAGUUCGUGCAGGACUUUGCGGAGCUGCUGCUGUACAGCUUGCACGCGAUCCAGAACCAGACGCUGCUGGCGCGCUCGCUGUACGAGCCCGUGCAGCUGGUGGACUUUGAAAUUGAGGACAACCACACGAUCAAGUUCAACGGCUUCAUGGGCUGGGGCAUGUGCCUGCAGGACGCGGUGAUGACGUGCAACCGCUCGGAGCCGGAGGGCUUGGCGCAGCCAAGUUGCCAGGACAAGAAAGACAUUGCUGCGGCCCAAGCGCUGAACAAGGACAUUUUGGAUGGCCAAGUGGAGCAGACAACUGCGAGUGAUUCAACUUACGGCAGUGCCCAGAAGCCCCAAAUUACCUCAACAGGUGUUUAUGUCGCCAUACUUGGCGGAAUAUCUGCAGUGUUCACAGCUCUCAUCCUCGGCUUCUGGAAAAAGCUGAGGUGUCCCUGGGAGGUGCCCUUGCUGGACUGUGCAGAGUCUGCUGGGUCUGUGUCUGUGAAAGUGGCAGAGAAAGGCUCGUACAAAGGGGGCCCUAACGAGGGGAGCUGUCGCAGUGAUGGCGAUGGCGGUCCGAACGUGGAUGACUUCACAAAAAUGGUGGAGGGUUUGGUGAACAGGGACACAAUGAUUGCGGCCAUCAGUAAGACAGCGACUGACUUUGGUGACAAGUGUGCCACUGUAGAGGGCCAGAUCGCAGCAGGUGGGAAUGGCGUUGUGUACAAGGGACAAUGGCGGGGCGUCCCAGUGGCCAUAAAGACUGUGAUAUUUCAAGACAUGGCAGACCGUGCAGGACGGCAACGGCAACGCGUGGUUUUUGAGGCAGCCAUCAGUUCAAGCAUCUCCCACAGGAAUCUUGUCCAGACAUAUUCUUAUUCUUUCAAGAAGCUGCAGAGCGAGUCUUUCCAAGUCACUGGGUCGCAUGCACCUAAGGACCCAAAACAGUUGGAAAUAGUCAUGGGUUCUGAGUACAAGAACUCCAUAGCAGAUUGGAAGCUGUAUAUUGUGCAGGAGUAUUGUGAUGGUGGCAGCCUGAGGGAGUGCUUGGACGGCCAGAAGGCUGUGGACGUGUUGGAGGGCCGGCCCAGGCUGGGGGUGAUUUGUCAGAUUGCUUUGGAUGUGGCCCUGGGAAUGCAGCAUCUGCACACACAACACAACAUCGUUCAUGGCGAUCUGACGUCGAAGAACAUUUUGCUUAAGAGGGAGCCAGGCUGUGACCCUGACAGCCUAGGGACGGCCAAGGUUGCUGAUUUUGGGCUGAGCAUCAAGAUGGGUGAGCUGCAGAGCCAUGUUUCCAAUCAGCAUGCUGGCACGCCAUUUUACAUGGCGCCAGAACUCUGCCAUAAGGGGGUGCUGUCAAAGAAAGCGGACGUAUUUUCGUUCGGGGUGUUAAUGUGGGAGAUGUACCACUCAAGAAAGUGCUACCAGGCCACCCAGAACUCAGGCAUGCAGUACCAUCCCCGCUUCCCCAAGUUCCCCACUGUCUGCCCGCUGCUGUAUGCGAUGCUGUGUGUCGUGUGCCUAUCUCCAAAGCCGGAGGACCGCCCCGACUUCAAUUUUGUCGCCAAGGUGUUCGCUGCCCUGAAGAAGCAGCACGACGAAGGGAAGUUUUCGAAUGCUGAUGGGCUGCGAGCCAAUAACAGGGGCGUAGCUGCAGGCCUAGGGAGGAUGACGGCCAUGAAGAUCCUGGAGUUGAUAGCACAGCAGGCUGACAUUCCGCUGGACGACGCCAAGUCAGCGUGUGGGAGCUUGUCAGAACAAGACAUGGCUUCACCCGAUGAACCUGAAGUGCCUGACGACUCCUUGGGUGCAGUGCACCUCCCUCAUUCGAUGGAUAUUUCCUGGAGUCCAGUCGCUGUCCUUGGUGGGGAACCAAGCAAGGGCUCGUUCGCGAUCCAGGAUUGGCGGGUCCACUUGAACGAGGCGUACGUUUCGCCGCUCCACUGUGUCGUGACAGUCUCUGAGUUCAAGGAGCAAAAUGGCAGGGCGCCUUCAGAUGAGGACAUGGACUUUGCUUGGAAGGCGACCGACUCGUCCAAUGAAAUAGAAAUCCGAAUGGGGGAGGAUACGUGCAAGCGAGAGAUGCCGUUAUGCAAGAGCCAGUUGCCAGACCAUGAUAGCCUAUUUGGCGGGCUUGUCGUCGCCCCGUUCAGACCAAGCGCAUCAUCAAGACUUCGGGAUAGCAUUAGAUCGGAACGGAGAAAUGAAAGCCAAUAA